AUGUUCAGAACAAUACGUGCGGGCGCCAGAACGUUCAGGCUGUAUUCUACAGUUGAGCCUCGUCCAAAGCCUACGUGGAGGCAACUUCUUCGGCCACUGGUUUUCAAGCUGCUUUUUCUUACGUUCGUUUUUGGUUCAGCAGUGGUGGAUGCCACCAGGGCCCGUAAGGAACUAGAGGGUUUGAAGGCUGCUUAUGAGGCUAAGUUUAGGAUUAUAAAGGAUGUUACGGCGAAGAUAAAGAACAGAGAGCCCGUGGACGUUGCGCUGGAGCUUCGUAUUGCCAAUGCUAUUACCAGAAACAAGUAUAACUCGGUGACUGAUGUGGAGAUGGAUGAGCAGUUUGAGGAUUUCCUUAAGAUGGCAGACGACAGUCUUGGUGGAGCGGGAGGAGAAGGUUUAGAAGCUGGCAAGGCUCCUAAGUUUCUUUAA